AUGGAUUCCCUGCCAUUGCACUUGUUUCAAUACAUUCUCUCAUUCGUGAGCAAUGCCAAGGACGUGGCAGCCUCAAACUGUGUUUCGAAGCAAUGGAAGGACUCAAUUCCUUAUCAGAAAAACUUAUACUUCCAGCGAAAUCUUUAUGACAAACUGACUGGAAAAGAAACAAUAGAUAACAUUGUGAACCAAAUGGUGUCAUCAAUGUCUGAGUUGGAAGAAUUAGUUGUUUACUGCCCUUUCACAGGUGCAGGCCUUGCUUCAUGGCUAUCCCAUUUGAGUCCAUCUCUGAAGCGCCUUGAGCUAAGAAUGGACAAUCUUGUCCAGCAGCAAUGCCAGGAUGAACCCUCAAAAUUGAAUGGCAUUGGGAUUGCAAUGAAGUUAGAGUCAAUGAAACUGUGGAGUGUGUUUAUGGUUAAUUCUCCCAAAUGGGAAACUUUUCAGAAUCUUAGAAAUCUUGAGAUUGUGGGUGCAUGUGUGGAAGAUUCUGCACUCUCGGAUGCCCUACAGGCAUGCCCCAACCUUACUCAUCUGUCAUUGGUAGCUUUGGAGGGACUGGAAUCAAUUAAUAUCAACUUGCCGUGUCUUGUGAACUGUAAGCUUGAUUUUUAUGGUGUGGGUAAUUGCUCACUCACACUGGAUUCUCCAUAUAUUGAGUCUCUAGAGGUGCAAGGUUGUAGUUGGAUCAAGGCAUGUGAGACCAAACGGUUGAGGAAUCUCUCCAUUGCAAAUCAUUCAGGGAGAGUAAAUAUGGUACAUUUUGGUAAACUUGGAGCAGUUGAGUUUUUGUCCAUAAGGGGUAUCCAAUGGUGUUGGGAAGCUGUGAGUAAAAUACUUAGUUUGACAAAUGGGGUGAAACAUUUAUUUAUGAAGGUUGAAUUCACUGGUGACUUUGAUAGCCUUCUGCCAUUCCCUGAGAUUGAUUUGGUGGAUUUCUUCAAUAGCCAUUCAAAGCUCCAAAAGUUUGACAUGCAUGGUGCCAUGUUUGCUGCCCUUAGCCAGAAGAACAGUCUAAAAAAUUUGGAUUCAAGAUUUAUGAUCCCAUCACUAGAGGAGGUAGUAAUAACAGUUAGGUCCCCUCUGAAUGCUGAACAGAAAAUGAGCACACUUGAAUCACUAUUAUUGUGUGGCAGAAAUUUGAGGAAUAUGACAAUCAGGAUCCUUGACAUGAAAAGCAGCCAUAGUAGUGCCGAUGACUUUUUCCAGGACAUUUGCAGGUUUCGAUACUUCAACCAUAACAUUGUCACAAUUCAAUAG